UCGGGCGUUGCGACUUGGCGGGUGUGCAGUGCGGACUUGGUCCAACGGCGCUGCGCCCCGGGCCCCGUGAGCGAGAAGUCCGCGCCGAGAUGUCACGACCGGACUUCACAUCGCUGGCCCGCCCGUUUCCAAGUCUCGGAGCUUUGUCUACUUCCCCUCGCUCUCGCCCCAGAGCUUUCUUGCAGCGUUACCGUCCACAAGCAGGCAGGGAAAUUUCAGCAAAGCCAUUAGUAGAUUCCGUGCGUAACAUAAGCGGAUAACUACUGGUAGUUGCAUCUUGUUCAGAACGCAAGAUUAACUUUUGCAACCAAGGUCAGGAAAGAGUAGGAGCGGCUUUGCGACUUCGUGCUGUUUGCGCCGGCGAUGGGGUGGUGGGAGAGCGCGAAGGCCAUGUUCGGGGACAGCGGCAACCUCGGCUGCUUCCCUCGGAUUGGGAGGAAGCAGUCCAAGAACUCGUACGCUUACCCGGCGGAUCCUGAAAAACGGAGUGAACCGGGCGGCCCCGCCGCGGAGGAAGUGGUGACCGUGGAGGUGCCGGAGGUGCCGUUGCGGGAGCUGAACGAGAUAACCGGCUCCUUCUCGGGCGAGAAGCUGAUCGGGCAGGGGUCCUACGCCAAGGUGUACCGGGUCACGCUGCGGAGCGGCAGGCCCGCCGUCGUCAAGAGGCUCGAGAAGCCCUCCAAGCGCGCGACCAACGUCGUCUUCCUCAAGCAGCUGUCGGCGGCGUCGAGGCUGAAGCACGAAAACUUCGUCCGGCUGCUCGGGUACACCAUCAGCGGCGACCUCCGUGUGCUCGUCUACGAGUUCGCCACCAUGGGCACCCUCCACGACGUCCUGCACGGAGACAGGGGGGUGCUGGUGCGGGAGCCGGAGCAGCCCAGCAUCGGCAGGCCGGUGCUGAGCUGGGCGCACCGCGUGCAGAUCGCGCUGGACGCGGCGCGGGGCCUGGAGUACCUGCACGAGAUGGUGCGCCCGGCGGUGACGCACAAGGACGUGCGGUCCACCAACGUGCUGAUCUUCGAGGGGUUCAGGGCCAAGAUCGCCGACUACAACAUGUUCAGCCAGGCCGCGGACAUGGCGCGUCUCAACCGGUCCACGCACACGCUCGGCUCCUUCGGCUACCAGGCGCCCGAGUACGCCAUGAUGGGCCAGAUGACCGACAAGAGCGACGUGUACAGCUUCGGAAUUGUUCUCCUGGAGCUCUUGACGGGGAGGAAGCCGUUGGACCGGACGUUGCCGCAGGGCCAGCGAAGCCUGGUGAACUGGGCAACGCCAAUACUGACGGAAGACAGAGUUCAGGAAUGCAUCGACCCGAGCCUUGGCGAUGAGUAUCCUCCUGCCGGAGCACUCAAGCUCAGCAGAAUCGCAGUGCAGUGCCUGCAGUACGACCCCGCCUUCCGGCCGUCCAUGGGCACCGUCGCCCGCGUGAUCAACUACGCCGUCCUUCGAGACCAGCAGGGCGUGGUCUGAGGUAGCCGUGUGAAGAUGCGAAGUUUCGCCGUUGUCUGUCGACUCCUGCAGCUGUGAAUCCACUCGUGCAUGCCUUGUGCUAUGUAUGCUAGCAGUGUUUGAGCAAGAUAUCUCCCGGAUAGAUGUAAAGGCCUACCAUCUGGCAAUCUAUGGAAGCAGCCCAGAACGCUAAUACGGCCAUCUAAGCAUGUACAUGCGUUUCACGCUCAUUUUUUUAAUGAAAAUAAUUGUGUG